AUGGCAGAAUGUGGACAACAGGUUGUGGAAGGCUACUCAGCCUCGGAAAGGAGCCAUCUUGCUUCUCACAAACGAAAACACACUGGAGAGAAACCUUAUAAAUGUGAUAUUUGUAGCUACUCAUCCACGGGAAGUAGCCAUCUUGCUUCUCACAAACGAACACACACUGGAGAGAAACCUUAUCAAUGUGAUAUUUGUAGCUACUCAGCCGCGCGAAUUGCAACUCUUAUUCGUCACAAACGAACCCACACCGGAGAGAAACCUUAUAAAUGUGAUAUUUGUAGCUACUCAUCCACGGGAAGUAGCCAUCUUGCUUCUCACAAACGAACACACACUGGAUAGAAACCUUAUCAAUGUGACAUUUGUAGCUACUCAGCCGCGCGAAUUGAAACUCUUAUUUGUCACAAACGAACCCACACCGGAGAGAAACCUUAUAAAUGUGAUAUUUGUAGCUACUCAGCCACGCAAAGUAGCAGUCUUAUUUGUCACAAACGAACACACACCGGAGAGAAACCUUAUAAAUGCGAUAUUUGUAGCUACUCAGCCUCGGAAAGUAGCCAUCUUGCUUCUCACAAACGAAAGCACACUGGAGAGAAACCUUAUAAAUGCGAUAUUUUUGCCUUUACCCUUAAAAUUGAAAACCCCUCGUAUCACCAGGGGGGCAUCAACCUCAUGGUUCUAGACUAG